AUGCGGUGGUGCCGUGUCGCGCUCGUUGCGUUGAUUUCCCUGUUUCUUCCCAGCAGCGACGUUCUUUCGGAGGCCAAGGUAUCGACGGCAGCGUCGCGCGCUACCUUGAUAUCUGCUAACCCCGUCGUCGCUGCGACUGCCCGUAGAAGGCAUUUAAGGACGGUAAACUGGGACAACACAAGGGGUUCCUCCUUCCAGGACAUCGAUCGCCGUGAUGGCAUCAAUGGCGACUUCGAGACUGACACGCCCCACGCGAACGACCGCGAGGAGCGGGCAGGGAACGGAGCAGUUCUUGAGAAACUCCAGUCCCUCAAAGCAUUUGAAAAACUCAAAUCCUUUAGACCGAUGAAGUCAUUCUCGCGUUCAAUGACCAAAGCUACGAAAUCUUUUCGUGAACAUGUUACUCCGCUGUUAGCGACAAGCGCGAAGGUGGAUGUAUGGCGCAAGAACAAGAAGUCAGUGUCCUUCGUCAGGAACGCGCUGGGGCUGGACAACCUGGAGGGUAGCGCGCUCACCGGAGCCACGAAUUUCAGGUUCUACGACGACUUCGUGAUCUCCCAGAUACCAGUCUGGAAGAAGAACGAGUGGACUCCCAACCAAGUUGCCACUGAGUUGGGUAUUUAUGGGCUGCAAGGAGCUGCGCUUACGUCCAAUCCGAAUUUCAAGUACUAUAGCCAAUUUAUGGAGCAGCAAGCAUUGCUGUGGGCUAAAAAUGAUCUUGACAUCGACAAUAUCUUGGUUCGGCUAGAGCUGAACACAGUGCAAUUAAAAGAUCGCCCACAAGCUGAAAACUUCAAGUUCUUCGAGGAAUUCGUGGCUGGUCUAAUGAGGUCCUGGAUGCAGAAAGACACACCUCUGGCCGACGUCAUGGUGAAGCUGAAGCUGGAUAAGUUGACUGGAAACGCGCUCUUGAGCCACCCGAACUACAAGUACUACAAAAACUACGUGAAAAACAACCUGAAAGAGUGGGCUGCCGAUCUGAAAUCCUAUAAUUUCGCUACGGAGAAGCUGGGCAUGAAGAAGGGUCUGUCCGGGAACAAGCUGAAAGAACAUCCGAAUUAUGUCUUCUUGGAGAAACUUGGAACACAUGCGAACGAGUACCGAGAAAAGUUGUGGCUACAGCGACAUGUCACGUCUUUUGAUGCGUGGAACAGGCUUGGAGUAAGCCGAGUACAUCCAACAUUGCGUUUCAAGUCGAGCACGUUCCAUCUCUACGAGAAUUACGUCAACCUGGUGGACGAUACAAUGAUUCAGUUGAUAAACAAGGGCGAAACUAAACUGCCAAACCUGGUCAACAAAGAGGCAUCUGGUCGAGAACUAAACGAGAAGGCGCUUAUUUGGGCCAAAAAGGAGAGACCGGAGUGGUACGUCAAGUUUUCCUUGGGCUUGGACGGCUUGGACGAAACUGCACUGAAAGAAGCCACCAACUACAAAUACUACCAGCGCUAUCUACAGCACACGCACUGA